AAUGUGAAAAAUCAAACUGCGUGUGUUUUGGAUUUCUUUUCCCCUUUGCAAAACCCGCAACAUCAAAUAAUUUGCAGCAGUAGCAGCAGCAGCAGCGGCCCCGUUAUUGCUCUGUCCGGCUUUUGUUCUGGCCGUAAGCUCCCAGUUCACGCACGGUUUGGCAGUGCACCCCAAUCAGCUCACCACACAAGAAUGGAACCGUUCACCUGCUUCAUGGAUGUGGAAAAUUCGCGCUCCUACAUCGACGAGCUGUACUCGGAGGAAAACUGCAAGUGUCAGGAAGCGAUCGUCUGCCUGAAGAAUGCUGUCAUCGGAUCGAACAAAAAGAAAGGCUCGAUCAUAUCGCAGGGUAUUGUGCCGCGGUUGAUCGCGCUGUUGUGCAAUGCCGGGAAGCCGCUCCAGCUUCGGAUCGAUGCCGGCAUUGUGCUCGGUUCGCUUGCCAAGGGUACGGAGCAGCAGGUACAUUCGCUGAUGCGGUUCAACACAGUCGAAGUGCUGAUCACGAUCAUCUUCGAUCCUAGCACGAACGAAAGGCUGAUGGAAACAUGUCUCGGUGCACUACAAACGAUCGUGCAGUAUCCGUUCGCCCCGUUGGAGCUUAUUCAUUCGGACAUAAACAACAUUAGGCGUUUGAUUCAAAUAGCAUCACCACGGAGCAGCUUCGCGUGCCAGAUGUACGUGGUAAACAUUUUCGUUCCUCUUUGCCACUCCUCGCACCAACAGAAGAACCUGUGCCAGGCGGAUGUGAUACCAUUUCUCGCGCGGCUCAUGAUCAGCGACAACACGACACUGCAAGUACCUGCACUGAAAUGUUUGGCGGCGAUGUGCUUCACCAACAAAUCGGUCUCCAACAUGGUACACUCGACGUAUCACGCCGAACGCUCCAUUCUGGACAUUCUGACCUCGCUGCUGUCCCGGACGCGCGACGUCGAGGUACAGUUGGCCGCUAGCCGGUGUCUCACGUAUCUGCAUCGUGCCGGUUCCCUGCCGGCUGAAGACUAUCGGAUCGUGUACAAAACGUUGCCCUGUUUGGCGCGACUUUGCUCGGAUGAGUUUGGCGAAUAUAUCCGUGCGACGGCAGCCGAAACGCUCGCCUAUUUGGCGGAAAUUGAUUCGGAACUGCAACGGCUGGCGGCGAUCAGUAAUCAUUUGAUUGCGUCACUUGCGAAUCUGAUCAAAUGUCCGUCGGUGCUGUCGAGGCAGGGAGCAUUCCGGUGUUUCGCUUCAUUGGCGGCCAAUGAUGAAGAAAUCCGUAAGCGCAUCAUCGAGAUGGACGGGCUGAUGGAGGAGGUGCUAAAUGGGCUGAAGGAUGGUUGCCCGGAGGUUCGGCUGUCCGCGGUACGAUGUCUUCAUUCGUUGUCCCGUUCGGUGCAACUACUUAGAACCACGUUUCAGGAUCACUCGGUGUGGCGUCCGCUGAUGGAUUUACUGUCUGGCGAACCAUCGCUCGAGCUGCAAACCGUGGUCACAUCGACGAUUUGCAAUCUGUUACUUGAAUUCUCACCUGCCAAGGAACCAAUGCUCGAAUCCGGUGCCGUCGAGAUGCUUUGUGAGCUUACCAAACAUCCCGAUCCGGCACUCCGAUUGAACGGAAGUUGGGCUUUGAUGAACAUGGCUUUUCAGGCCGAACAGCACGUAAAAACAAAAAUAAUCAACACACUAGGAACGGAUAGGAUAUUUCAAUUGCUGGGCGAUCGGGAUGAGCGCAUCAUCAUGAAAACGCUCGGUCUGCUGCGCAAUCUGCUUAGCAAUACGCUCCAUAUCGAAACGAUCAUGUCGGAACAUUCGAGUGAAGUUUUGAGGGCGGUGAGUCUCGUGCUAGACGAUCCGCACCCACCGGAGGUAAAGGAGCAAGCGAUAAUAAUCAUAGGUAACAUUACGGCCGGCGCACGGGACGAAGAUUAUGUGCUGCAGGAUGAAAAGAUUGUCAAAAAGAUUAGAGAUUUUUUGGUCGCCAACGACAAUAAACUACAGAUGGGUGCCGUGUUUGUCGUGCGAAACCUUUUAGACAAAAGCGGCCGGCAGCAUAUACUGCGGCAGUGGGGUUUUCUCGAAAAUCUCGAACAACUGCUACACAUGACACCGCAACACUCGCAGUUCUAUGAGGACAUACGGGAUGAAAUUUUAAGGUUUGACUACUCCGAAGACCAUUGAAAG